ACCAUUUAGAAGCGGAUAUUCUUGAGUGGUCCUCCUUUCGUUCCUUCCUUCAGAGGAUGAGGUGAAAUGAAAUUGGUGAAUACGAGGUGCUAUAAAGAGUGAAAUGAUUAGCAGGAUCAACACGCCCACAGGGCAGGUGGCAGUGGGCGUGGGGGUCGGUGUGGGCGCCCUGGUGGCCUGGUGGGCGUGGCGUCGGUCGACGGCCAAUCAGCUUCCAACGAAAUGGGAAGAAGUGGGCGUGGUCUCGAAGCUAAAUGUUUACCCUCUGAAGUCUGGUCGGCCAGUCUCCGUCUCAGAGGCGGACGCGACGGAGCGAGGCCUCUCUGCGGACGGCGCUCUUGACAGGUCAUUCCUGGUCAUGAAGAAAGACGGGCCGCUGCUGACAGGUCGCCAGGUUCCCAAGCUGACCCGAGUCGCCAUCAGUUUCAAGGGUCAUAAGGUGACUUUCGAGAGCCCGGACAACCCAGCGGGUCCGAUCGAGGUCGACCUUGAGCUGGUGGCCAAGGAGGCGAAGGUGGUGGAGCUCAUCGUCUUCGGGGCCAACGCCAAAGGACUCGACUGCGGUGACGAGGUGGCUGCGUGGAUGAGCCAAGCUGUCUCGGCGGGAGAGACCCCAGUUCGCCUCCUGUACAACGGCGAGGAUCCCCUGACCCAGCGCUGCGCCAGACGGGCUCCUUACUACGACUUCAGGCACAUCAGGGACUCCGAUAAGGUGACUUACGCUGACACGUGCGCAUACAUGUUAGCCUCGGAAUCUUCACUUGUCGACCUGAACGCCCGCUUGGCCGAACCUGUCACGAUCGACUGGUUCCGUGCCAAUGUUGUGGUCCAGGGCUCGGCGGCUUAUGACGAGGAUGACUGGGCCUUCGUCAGGUUUGGAGGGGAAGGCGAACAAAGCGUGGUGCUGAGGAGGUUGAAGCCCUGUGAUCGGUGCAUAUUCACGACUGUAGAUCCUUACAGAGGUUGCAAGACAGCUGAUCAGGAACCUAUGACAACUCUGAGGAAGUACCGCCUCUUGGACGGCCCAGAGAAGCUAGCCAAGGCGUGGUCCAUCAAACCCGUGUUCGGCUCCCACAUGGGCAUCGACGUGUGCGGGAAGGUCAAGGUUGGGGACAAGGUUUGGGUGGCCAGAGCCUCGUCCAACCCCAGGUGGCAUUUCUAAGGAAUCGGAGAAGUGGCACUCUCGAGGUGGCACUCGUGGGGAGAUAGUGAGGAGAGCCACUGAGACUUGAGGAACGGCAAGUGUAGCCGUAUCUUUAGGUUCUCCGUAACACUGCGGGUAAAGAGCUUUGAG